UUCUUGCCUUUCUUGUAAAACUGGCAUAGUUAGGGUUCAGACUGUUCAAUUUGUUCGAAUCGUCUUCGUCAUUGUCUUAUUACUUUUGCAUUUGGGCUGGUUGGUAGACUUUGUUCCUUGUUCUCUUUCAUUUUAAUUUGAACACUUACUUUCCAGGUGAUUAUUGAUUUUCGUUCUUAGAAUUCUUUCCUUAUUAACAAAUGUAUCGCCACGGCAUGCUAAGACUAAAGUUCAAUAUCAAUGUUAUAGUAGCAAGCCUUUGGAUACCAUGACCUUGAAACCUUCUUCGUCUUUAAUCUGAAAAGAUAAUUUCUUCAAGGGAGAAAAAAGUUUGUAAUUGGCAAGAAUGUUAACAGAUAUUGACAAUUUGGAAACUUACAGCUCGUUUGGAUUGAGAGAUUUCGAGAGAAAAGAAAAGAAAUGGAGGGAGAAGUGUUUCUUUCGCAUGUUUGGAUGAUUAAAAUGGCAAGAGAGGGUGAGAAAUGGGGAGAAUGAGAAACCCCUUACUUGCCCAUUUCAUUUCUCACCAGUUGUGGCGAGAUUCCGUGAGAAAGGAACCGAGUUGCCAAUUUUGACCCCAAAGUCUUCUUCGUGCGUCCGUUGGGCCCACUGAGAGAAGUUCAACUGCAUAUAGGUCUCUCUUUUUUCUUGGUUCAUUGUGGUAACUGGUAAGAAAAGCUAGUGCUGAAAUUCUAUUUCUUUGAUUAGCUUUCGUCGAUUCUUGCAAAUUGCCGCCUCAAAAGAUUUGGGGGUAAAAAAUACCAAUUAACAAUAGGAAAUAAGAAGUCUUGAUGGAGGUAUAAUUAGAUGUGUUUGUAGUUUAUUGAUUCCAAAUCUUUGCAGUGGAUGGAGGUGGUGUUAGAGCUAAAAGAUGCGGAUGAUUGGAUUUAUAGAGGGGAAGGAGCUGCCAAUCUUGUUCUUGCCUACUCCGGAUCCUCUCCUACAUUUGUUGGAAAGGUACUGCUCAUACAAAAGGCUCCUAGGAUUGAAUCUCCCAGAAACGGAUAUGAUAGCGAGGAUGGUCAUUCAGCUCUGAUGAAUGAUGAGUGCCUUCUGUGGAGAGAAACUGAAGACCUUGUAUCAGCACCAACCAGGGAAAUAGGAAAGCAACUGUAUGUACAGCAUGUUAUCAGUCCACUGUUAGGUUAUGAACAUGUUGAUGCUGGGAUUCGUGUCUUUUUGUCCAAGGAAUUUCUGGAGGCGGUUGAAAAGAAUAUCCUUUCCCAGCGUCCUUCUCAGCGAGUUGAUGCAGCCAUGGUCAACGCUCAAUGUGAUAUUGCACUUCUUAUGUCCGAUUCCGUAUGAUAUCAGAAAGAAGCGAAUACAAU